AUGGACAAGGAAGGAGGAACAAUUUCCAGACCGCCCCUACUGAUAGGGCCUGAGAACUAUGACUACUGGAAAGCUAAGAUGAUGGCUUUCUUAAAAUCCAUUGACAGCAGAACAUGGAAAGCUAUUGAAAAUGGCUGGGAGGCUCCAGUUGUUCUUGACAAAGACGGGAACAAGACAACUGAGGUUAAGGCAGUAAAGGACUACUCAAAGGAUGAGGAUGAACUAGCUCUUGGUAACUCAAAAGCUCUAAAUGCCAUCUUCAAUGGAGUGGACAUCAAUAUGUUCAGACUUGUUAAACGAUGCACUGUAGCAAAGAAUGCAUGGGAAAUACUAAGGAAAGCACAUGAAGGAACAAGCAAGGUAAAAUUGUCUAAACUUCAGAUGCUUCGUACAAACUUUGAAAACCUGUGUAUGAAGGAAGAAGAGACCAUUCAUGAUUUUCACAUGAAUAUUCUAGAAUUUGCAAACUCAUUUGAUGCGUUAGGAGAACCCAUAUCUGAUGAGAAGCUUGUAAGCAAAAUUCUCAGAUCUCUUCCUAAGAGGUUUGACAUGAAGGUAACAGCAAUAGAAGAGUCUCAAGACCUAGCAACUAUCCAAGUAGAUGAGCUAAUAGGAUCUCUUCAAACCUAUGAGCUAGGCAUGAAUCAAAGAAAAGAAAAGAAAAAUAAAAGUUUAGCUUUUGCCUCCAACACUGGAGAAGAUGAAGAAUCAGAUCUGGAGAGUGAUGAAAGUUUGUCAGAAGAAAUGGUCUUGCUAGGAAGGCAAUUCAACCGAGUCAUGAAAAGAAUGGACAAAAAGUCUAAGUUCAAUGUGCCAAGCAUCAAGCUCGCCAUCAACAAACAGACCAAUGAUCAAAGAAGGGCUAGAAGUGAUGAGAAAACCAGUCAGUCAGAAGGGGUCCAGUGUCAAGAAUGUGAAGGAUAUGGACACAUCAAAGCUGAAUGUCCUACCUUUCUGAAGAGACAAAAGAAAAGUCUGGCUAUCACUUGGUCAGAUGAGGAUGACUCAGAGGAGGAAACUGAAAGUGGAUCUGCAAAACAUGUCAAUGCGCUGACAGGUCUGUGUGAGUCUGAUGCUGAAUCAUGUGAUGAAACAUCUUAUGAGGAACUGCUUACCACCUAUAAGGAUCUGUUCAUCAGAAGCAAUGAAGUUUAUAAAGCGUUGGAAAAACAAAAGAAGGCGAAUUGUCAACUGCAGGCUGAGAAGAAUGAAUGUCUGGUAACAAUUGAUACUCUCAACAAAGAAAUUGAAAAACUGAAUGGUGACUUGGAGCAUGCUAGAAAACAAGUCAGAGUUUAUGGGUCAGGAGAAGAAAAAUUUCAAGCCAUGUUGUUGAAACAAAGUGCAGGAAAGAAACCAAUUGGCUUUGACUAUGAGAUUGUUGAUCAACAAAUGGGAUACAACAAAGCUACAAUCAGUACUCCCAUCGAGAAGACUUUUCCUGUCAGUGCUGGCUUUUUACCACCACAUCCUCCCACACACCAGGGAACCGACACUUGGUUAAAACCCAAACCUACGCCUCCUGCACAGACUGGAUCGAUGCCUCAACAUCCUCCUCCACAUCGGAAUAAUUGGUCAAGACCUAAAUCUAGGAGAAGGAACUGGAGAUGUCACUAUUGUGGUAGGAAAGGGCACAUAAGGCCUUAUUGCUAUAAAUUGUAUGGUUACCCAAAGAAUUUCCGGUCACCUGCACCAAAGCCAGAAAAUGUGAAGACUAAGAAAGAAUGGAAAGAAAAGGAGAAUGAUGGAGAAAUAAAAGGAAUUGGGAACCUAAUUGACAAUGGGUUACCAAACUUAGACAAUGUUUUGUUAGUGAAGGGACUUACAGCAAACUUGAUCAGCAUUAGUCAAUUGUGUGAUCAAGGCAUGAAAGUAAACUUCACAAAGUCAGAAUGUCUUGUUACAAAUGAAGAAGGAAAACUCUUGAUGAAGGGUGUGAUGUCAAAGGACAACUGCUACUUAUGGGUCUCUGAAGAAGAAAACCACUUGUCCACUUGUCUCUUAAGCAAAGAGGAUAAAGUGAAGCCGUGGCAUCAAGAAAUUGGUCACUUACAUCUGAGAGGGUUGAAGAAGGUCAUAGCAGAAGAAGCAAUCAGGGGGAAUCCAAAGCUCAAGAUUGAGGAAGGAACUAUAUGUGGUGAGUGCCAAAUAGGCAAGCAAACCAUGGUGGCACAUUCGAGGCUCCAACAUCCGGUUACAUCUAGAGCACUUGAACUAUUACACAUAGAUCUGAUGGGACCUAUGCAGACUGAAAAUCUUGGUGUUAAAAGGUAUGUUUUUGCUUUGGAAGAUGAUUUUUCUAGAUUCACUUGGAUAGAUUUCCUUAGAGAAAAAUCAGACAGCCUUGAAACUUUUAGAAACUUAUGCUUACAACUUCAAAGAGAAAAGGAGGUUGUUAUUGUGAGAAUAAGAAGUGAUCGUGGCAAAGAAUUUGAGAAUGCAAAAUUCUUUGAUUCCUGUGCAUCAGAAGGCAUUUUUCUUGGAUACUCCAUAAACAACAGAGCUUACAGAGUUUAUAACUCUAGAACUAAAGUUACCGUGGAAUUAAUGAAUGUGGUAAUUGAUGAUGCAUCAUCAACCAAAACAGCAGAUGUUGAAUCAUCCAUUCAACAGUCAUAUGAUAUUGUAUUUGAUGAAGUUUCAGGUUCUAACAAUGAAUCUACUAAUCCUAAAUCAGAACCUGCCCGUGUCAACAAAGUCCCAUUUAUCAGGGAUUUAGCUGAAGAAAAUAUUGUGAAGCUUGAUCAUGUUGCUAUUGAAGACAUAUUCAGUAAAGCAUUGGAUGUUGUUGAGUUUGAAAGGCUAAGGGGCAAAUUAAGAAUUUGCCUACAUAAGGAAUUGUAG